AUGGGUUGUCUUGUAGAAACUGAAUAUGGUUCUAUAGGGUACCUCUCUCUUUCCCUCGGUGAUGCUGAUGAAGUUCAUGAAUUAACGCCGGUAACUGUGAAUGCAAUUGUCAAUGCGUGGUGUGGCAACAAGCCUACAAAUAUUGAUCUUGAUAUUGGCCUAUAUUAUAUAGGGUAUCUAUGUGGCGUUCUUGGAACCACUGAAAUGUAUUUGACCCAUGAUGGUGAAGUAGGGUUCUUCUGGGGUAUCAAGGUUUUCACUUCAAGGGCCUUAGGUAGUUUUGGAGACCCUUAUAUUCUCCAAAAAGAAACCCCUUCUCUGGUGAGGCAUCGCAAGAUUCUAGCUUCAAAAACCAAAAAGACAAGAAUGGGUGAUAUUAGUUUGAGGCAAUGGUUAGAUAAACCUGAACGACCAGUGAAUGCCUUUGAAUGCUUGAACAUUUUUAGGCAAAUAGUAGAAAUUGUUCAUGUGGCUCAUUCUCAGGGAAAUGUGGUUCAUAAUGUGAGGCCCUCUUGCUUUGUCAUAUCAUCUUUCAACCAUGUUUCUUUUAUGGAUCCAGCAACUAGUUCAUAUGCUGGCUUAGAUGCUUUAGAAGAUGUUGAGAUUAAAACUCCAACACUUACCCCUAGCCAUGAUAUGCAUCAACAGAGAUGUUCAGGAAGUGAAGAUGUUGUGCUUGUCAAGACUCCAACAGUUUCUUUGUCAGACUCUAGUUGCUUGUUGUCAAGUUUGGUGUUUGUAGCAUCUACAUCAGUAAUGGAUGACAUAGAAGAAAAUAAAAUGAAAAACAGGAGAAAGGAGGAGGAAGUUGCAGGAAAGAAGCAAUUGUUUCCAAUUAAACAAGAACUGCGAAUGGAGGCGAGUUGGUAUACUAGUCCUGAAGAGGUAGCUGGUGCUCUAUGUUCCCGUGCUUCAGACAUUUACCAGUUGGGAGUUCUUCUUUUUGAGCAUCAGUGA